GGCUCCACUGACUACGAGGUGGAUCAUCUAGUUGGGUAUUAAUACUUGACCAGAAAGGUGGUCUAAUAGUUGAUAACUGAGAUCCAGCGAAGAAGAGAUGUGAAGAGGACUGACGUUGUACUGUACCUAGUUGUGUGUAUCAGUCACCGACGUCUUGACCUUGAAGUUGACUAGUUGUGUGCGCUGUGAGGCAAAUCUGAGAACUCUUGAGAGAGAGAGAGCUCGGGACGAAGCUGGAGUGAACCAUAGAUAGGGUUCAGUCCUAUCGCAGUUGAGGGGAAGUGCGUAGAGAUGGCCGUGGCAACGGAAGUAGCGGCGUGGAGGCGCGUAGAGGCCGACGCGGUGAGAGUGAAAAAGCGUGCGUGGGGCGCGGAUGCGCAGCAGCUGAUGCAGCUAACGAUGGGACAGAUGAGUCAUUCUCCUGGGAUUGCAGCAUUUACCUUAGACCUGCUUGGCAACGGCAAAGCAACGGGACCGUCCUUCUCCGGAUUCAAUCAGCUGGAAUCGACUUCUGCACCGGAGCUCAAGCUUGAACUUGACUCUGGAGAUGCACCCGUUCCCUCCGGCUGGGAGAAAUGCCUCGACCUCAAGACUGGAAAGCUCUUCUUGGUAAACAAAAACUCCGAUGAGAGCAGUUUUGGAGAACCCUGUGACACGUGGAUCACUGAAUCGGUCUGCGCACCACUUGCUCAUGAGUUCUUGAGCAGUAAGGAGUCGGAGAAGCUCAAGCAAGACGCUGGACUGAGAGUAUCGUCUUCUUCGUCUUCUGGAAGUCUGCGUGAUUCCGAUGGUAGACAAAACAACUGCAGCCAUCUACUUUCCUCAUCUGGCCGAAAGCAGCUGUGGAAUCUGAACGGUGAUGACUGUGGUCUGGCAUCAUUGAGCGGCAGUUCCGGUAGCAGUCCCAAAGCAGCCAGGCAAGUCUCAAUGGAUUUGAAUUUGGAGCUGGACCUGAAUCUGUCCACUGGUGCAUCGGCUGAAUCUCCUAUUCGCCGUCAGGAACAAGCCGUGUGCACCAUGGAGAUGAUCCAGAAUGCAUUGAAAAGGGUAGAGGAGAAGCCUUCAAGACCUCGCCUCAAACAGAGCCUCUCCUCUACCUUCUCAUCACUCAUUUCCCCUCGCUCAGAACCGUCUGGGGCCUCUCCUUCUACUAGCAGCUCAUCCGCAUCUUCCAAAUCGACUCUCAGGGUGGACGAAGCGGAAAGCGUAACAUUUGAGCCGAAUGCGAUCGGCUCUAGCGCCUAUUCACUAGUAAUGGGAGCAUGCACGCGCUGCCUCAUGUAUGUGAUGCUCAACAGAGGCGACCCUCGAUGUCCCAGAUGUAAUAGUCAAGUUCCUGUAGAUUUUAGUGCGGCUCCUCCUUCCAAGAGACUAAGACAUAGAGGCGACCAACAGUUUAGAGCCGACAGAAGGUGACGAUGAAGUAGCGCCGGAGUUAGAUGCAGAUUAGAUUUAAGACUCGAUUCUGAAGUUCGUUGCGCAGUAGCCAUCUCUGUGCCUCGUACCAUACAAGAAAGAUGCUCCACAUUUUACUUAAGCUUCGUCGGAGCUGAGGCGGGUUUUGCCAUAAGUGCCCAUCACGUCUUAGAACGCAACCUCGAUUGUUGUAUAUUAUACAUCCAAGUUAGCAGUAAAUCUUCUGCAGACCUCCUUAAGCUGCAGUAUGUAUCAUGAGUUCGUUUCCAUUGCAACGUGCAAUUUGAGCGUUAUCACUGGCCUCAGUUGGA